AAGAAGAAAAAGGAAAUGCCCGCCCACCCCCUCACACAGCGAGAGAGGGGGGUUGAACCACAAGUAGAAACGGAUCUGUCCCGAGCAGAAAAACAUUACUGAGAAGCGAUCUCCUGCUGGAAGUGCUUAAAAGAUCUGCUCCAUAUCAGCCCUGAAUAAUUCAAAGAUAUCCGACAAUGGAAGAUGGCAGGGAAACGGCUGCGAUGAGACAGCAAAAAAGGAAGGAUCGACAAAUAGAUCGGUGGUGUCACACAAUUGAUGAUACUGAAGCCUUGGAGAAUACAGACAGUGACAUUGGCUUGUGUGGUUGGAUCUUGGUGAUUUUCUCCAUCCUGCUCACAUUGCUGACCCUGCCUCUCUCCAUAUGGAUGUGCAUUAAGAUAGUGAAGGAAUACGAAAGGGCGAUUAUCUUUCGUCUGGGACGCAUUUUACGAGGAGGAGCCAAAGGACCAGGUCUUUUCUUCAUCUUGCCGUGCACGGACAGCUUUAUCAAUGUGGAUAUGCGCACCAUCACCUUUGAUAUCCCCCCCCAGGAGGUGCUGACAAAGGACUCUGUGACAGUGAGUGUAGAUGGUGUAGUCUACUACCGUGUACAAAACGCAACGCUGGCAGUAGCCAACAUCACAAAUGCUGAUGCAGCCACUCGUCUGUUGGCACAGACCACCCUGAGGAACGUGCUGGGUACAAAGAACCUGGCAGAGAUCCUGUCUGACCGGGAGGAAAUCGCCCACAGUAUGCAGUCCACUCUAGAUGAUGCCACAGAUGACUGGGGUAUUAAAGUGGAACGUGUGGAGAUUAAGGACGUCAAACUGCCCCAGCAGCUCCAGAGGGCCAUGGCAGCUGAGGCUGAAGCAACCAGAGAGGCCAGAGCUAAGGUGAUAGCCGCUGAGGGAGAAAUGAAUGCGUCACGAGCACUGAAGGAGGCAUCUCUGGUGAUUGCAGAGUCCCCCUCUGCUUUGCAGCUGCGCUACCUCCAGACCCUUAACACCAUCGCAGCCGAGAAGAACUCCACCAUCAUUUUCCCUCUGCCCAUUGACAUGAUGCAGUCCUUCAUGAAGCACUGAACUAAGAGCCACAUGAAGCGACCUACACUCACGCACACAUACAUACAUACAGAUGCAUCCAUGCAGUAAUGAACAGACUGACGUUAUAUAACAUGCACUCAUGUGAGUAUACCCGGUGCAGCCGGGUCCAGAAGUUUGAGACCACAUUGAAUUCUGGUAUUCAUUGUUGGAAAACUUAAAUCUAAGAAAUAUCAUUACGUGAAAUGAAGAUGAAAUAUUUGAGGUUGUGUUUGCAAGUCACUAAUUUAAAAAAGAGAAAAUUGGUGAUCAUGUGACUCUGUACAGAUGGUCAGAUGUUCAAGAUGCUCUUUGGAUCAUCUCAAAUCAUGCUGGAGAACAUGAGCAUCAAGUUUAACACACAGUUGUGGAGUUCAUGCAGCUUGAGUGCUGCUGUUGUUAACAUGAAAUACAGGUAAAUCCUGAAACCCAUGUACAUUUUAACCACUCAAAUUGUUAUUCUAAUAGUAUACUAUAUUAGAAAUGUUUUCACUAGUGGUCUCACUUUUGGACCCUACUGUACACACUCAGCCAUUUUCUGAUGUGUGACCUGUAGAUGUUCCUAGUAAAGACCUGUUCACUCUGUCUGAAGGAAAUCUGAUACAACCAAACAAUAUUAAAGUCAUAAAAUAUUUGCUAAAUAAGAUUCCAAUUUUAAAUAAUUUCCUGCCCUUGAACAAAAAAAUCACAUUGUUGCCUUUUCAACUUUUUUUUCAUACUUAUCAUACCAAAAUUUGGACUUACAAAUUGAGAGCCUUUUGGAACAUCUCCUGGUCAUAUGAGUGCAUGUGUGUGUUUCAGGCACAUGUAACCUAACCUUGAUUGUCAAAUAGAUAAUAAACCGUCUAAAGGAAUAUUUAGAUAGUAUCAGGUGUCAAAACAUGGAACUGAGAGCAGUGCUUAAUGUGCCUACCAGUUUUUCUUGCUUUCUUAAACUUUUAUUAAUGUUGACUGUCAAUAUUAAAACCUUAAGCAAUAUCCAUUUCAAUUACUGAAUUAAUAUUUAUAGCUU